CCCGGUGACGGCUUCGUAGUCAUCGAUAAUCCGCGCGACUAUGACUUGCCGCCUGGCAAAAGUAGUCGCUAUGGCGAGGUCUACGAUAUCAGCAUGUGGCAUCAACUGCAUUGCCUUCUGCAUAUGCGGACGUAUAUGUCGACAAUGCAUUCGUUUCUGAAUCAGACGAAUCUGCAGCAGAUGUAUGAUGUGGUGCUGGCACCGCAAGUCGAUCAUAUACUGCACUGCUUCGAUUAUCUUCGGCAAGCGGUCAUGUGCGCGGGCGAUAUGACACUGGAAUGGCCGAGGACAGAAAGUGAUGGGAGAAGGUUCGCUGUGGAUGGUUGGGACGUGAAGCAUGAUAAUUGUAAAAGCUGGGACGCCAUGUCAGACUUCGUGGAGAAGCACGCAGUUGGUCAUCAUCACCGACGAGAAUCCUUGUGAGAAUCGAUCACUCGAAUGUCAGCGAAUAGAAGAGCGCUGUUAGCUGAGGUUUACAAUCGCUCCUCCGAAACACUGCAAGACACUUUCGCUGCAGGGCUACAUAAAGCAGCAGAGACCUUUCGCCUGGUUUAGAGAAAGCGGUGCCUCCGGGCAUAUCUCACGGCGACAUCGAAGGCGCAG